UGAAAGUACACAAGUGUAUCAAAACCUUAAUUUAGUUCUGACCACCAAUAAACUCAAAUCGAAAUAUAUAUUAUGCAGGGCACUAGGUACAAGCCUAUCUUGUCUGAAAUCCUUUUCGGAGGCUAUUUCUGCAGGGGAAAGGAUUAUGGAAAUUGUGAAAAGAGUACCAAAAAUUGACAUUGACUCAAAAGGUAAAAUAUUAGAAAAUGUGCAUGGAGAUGUGGAGUUCAAAGGGGUUGAUUUUGCAUACCCGUCCCGCCCGGAGAAUGUGAUACUGAAUAAAUUUAGCUUAAAUGUGCCAGCUGGGAUGACGGUAGCCCUUGUCGGCGGUAGUGGCUCUGGGAAAUCUACAGUGAUUGCAUUGUUGGAAAGGUUUUAUGAUCCAUUGCAUGGUGAGGUUCUAUUGGAUGGGGUGAGCAUUAAGAAGUUGAAACUCAAGUGGUUGAGGUCUCAAAUGGGUUUAGUGAGUCAAGAACCAGCUCUGUUUGCAACUUCAAUAAAAGAAAACAUAUUGUUUGGCAAAGAGGAUGCAUCAAUGGAUGAAGUUGUGGCUGCUGCCAAGGCUUCCAAUGCUCAUAACUUCAUUUCUCAAUUGCCUCAGGGCUAUGAUACACAUGUCGGAGAAAGAGGAGUUCAAAUAUCCGGAGGCCAAAAACAACGAAUAGCAAUUGCAAGAGCAUUAAUCAAGUCCCCUAAGAUCCUCCUCCUCGAUGAAGCUACAAGUGCACUAGACUCUAAAUCAGAAAGGAUUGUUCAAGAAGCACUAGACAAGGCCUCACUUGGUCGAACAACCAUAAUCAUUACUCAUCGUCUCUCCACCAUCCACAAUGCAAAUAUCAUAGUCGUUGUCGAAGCAGGGAAAGUAAUCGAGGCCGGCAAUCAUGACAAGCUAAUUGAAAACAAAAAUGGUUUGUAUUCAAAAUUCAUUCACCUUCAACAAUCAUCAAAAACAUCUAAAGUGGUGGAAGUCAAUACCUCGACAUCAAUGCACGCAUGCAUUAUAAGCAACAAACAUGAUAGUAACAAUUGGAGCAUGAGCCGGUUAAACUUUGAGGGUUUGAUGAGUAGUAAUGAGCAACAAGAAGACCAAUCAGAGAAGUCACAGAUGAAGCCCCCGGCAACGUCAUUCUAUCGGUUAUUAAUGAUGAACAUGCCGGAAUGGAAGAAAGCAAUAAUAGGCAUCCUAAGUGCUGCUUCCUUUGGUGCGGUUCAACCUAUUUAUGCUUAUGUUCUAGGGGCUGUGAUAUCAGUAUACUUUCUCAAAGAUCACAAGGAGAUGAGCGACAAAAUAAGGAUGUACUCAUUGAUGUUCCUCUCGUUGUCCUUUGUUACCUUGUUUCUCAAUGUUGUGCAACACUAUAAUUUUGGUGCGAUGGGUCGUCAGUACCUAACAAAGAGAGUGAGGGAGACCAUGUUGUCCAAAAUGCUCACAUUUGAAGUUGGAUGGUUUGAUCUGGAUGAGAAUUCCACCGGUUCUAUUUGCUCUCGCCUAGCUAAAGAUGCCAAUGUGGUGAGAUCACUGGUUGGAGAUAGAAUGUCACUCUUGAUCCAAACUUUCUCUACCGUUACCAUUGCAUGCACAAUGGGGCUGGUCAUUGCAUGGAGAUUGGCAUUGGUUUUGAUAGCUAUGCAACCUCUCAUCAUCAUAUGUUUCUAUGCACGUAAAAUGUUGCUCAAGAACAUGUCCGGCAAGGCCAUCAAGGCUCAGUCUGAGAGUAGCAAGAUCGCCUCCGAGGCCGUCUCUAACCUUCGCACCGUAACUGCCUUCUCUUUGCAAGACCACAUUCUCCAUUUCUUCAAACUUGCUCAAGAAGGACCUAAGGGGGAGAGUGUGAGACAGUCAUGGUAUGCUGGUUUUGGUCUCGGUGUUUCUCAAUGUCUUAUGAUUUGUACUUGGUCACUCAGCUUUUGGUUUGGUGGAAAACUUGUGUCUAAUGGAUACGUCACUGUCAAAGAAUUUAUGCAAACUUUCUUGAUUCUUGUCAGCACUGGUCGUAUUAUUGCUGAAGCCGGUACCAUGACAAGUGAUAUUGCUAAAGGUGGUGAUGCUGUUGGCUCAGUAUUUGAAGUGUUGGACCGGAACUCACAUAUUGAACCAGAGAACCUAGAGGGCUACCGGCCAAAGAAACUCAUUGGAAAUGUUGACAUUUGUAGUAUUGAUUUUGCUUAUCCGGGCCGUCCUGAUGUCAUCAUUUUAAAAAAUUGCUCAUUAAGCAUUACAGUGGGAAAGGCAACUGCCUUAGUCGGGCCAAGUGGGUCAGGGAAAUCUACUAUAAUCGGACUUAUUGAGAGGUUCUACAAUCCUUUGAGAGGGACAAUAAAUAUAGAUGGAAAAGACAUAAAGACAUACCAUCUUCGGGUGUUGAGACAACACAUUGCUCUUGUUGGACAAGAGCCAACAUUGUUGGCCGGGACUAUCAAGGAGAAUAUCAAGUAUGGAACAGAGGAGGCUACAGAAGCAGAGAUUGAGGCAGCUGCAAGGAUUGCAAAUGCACAUGACUUCAUAAGUUGUCUUAAGGAUGGAUAUGCAACAUCUUGUGGUGAUAGAGGUGUGCAAUUGUCUGGUGGGCAGAAACAACGGAUUGCAAUUGCAAGAGCAAUACUAAAGAAUCCAUCUAUAUUGCUGCUCGAUGAGGCUACAAGCGCAUUAGAUAGUCAGUCCGAAAAAGUGGUGCAAGAGGCACUGGAGAGAGUGACAGUAGGAAGGACAAGUGUGGUGGUAGCUCAUAGACUAAGCACAAUACAAAAUUGUGAUCUCAUCGUUGUGCUUGAGAAAGGGAUGGUUGUAGAGAAGGGUAACCAUGCUUCUCUUCUUGCCAAGGGUCCCUCAGGCUCUUACUUUUCGAUUGUUAGCCUCCAACAAGGUUAUAUGGACCAGUAA